AUGAAACAGAUCAAGCUCCAGCUCCCUAACAACGCACAUAGUGGAUCCAGGUCCCCACGACGGGGAGCAGCCUACCACCAAAGCAGUGCUGUCCACGGUGACUGCUCUGGUCUGGCUGCGGUAUCAUGGGCUCCCAUCCAAGCAUCACAGACAGAGCUGCCUGCUGCACAAGCCCACAUCAUCAUCCGCAUCCGUACCUACCCUGACCAAGCCAAAAAGCCAGCAGGGUAG